AUCAAAGGAUAGCAAAUUGGCAACGUAUUCCACAUCAUUGGAUUUGCUAUGUGGUGUCCGUGCCAAAAUUUCGGAGACAAUUGAUUAAACCUCAAAUUUUCUAGUGUGGCACCGUAAUAACUUAUGAAGCAAGAUGUUUAAAAUAGUACAGAAGCAGACAUAUACAUUCCUUUCUCAUCGCUACGGCGUUCUCCUCAUCUUUAGCGGUAUAGUCCUUGUCAUUGUCUCAGCAUUUCAAUUUGGAGAGGUGGCAAUUGAAUGGAGUCAAGAUAGAUACUCAAGGCUAUUCAAUAUUUACCAUGACAACAUUGCAAACACAGCAUUUGAAAACAGGAUGUGUCUUCCGAUACCCAUUGAUGCAGUGUAUACGUGGGUGAAUGGCUCGGAUCCAAAGCUUUUGAAAGAUCUGGAGCUACUAAAGAAAGAAAUUGAAUCGAGUACUGCCACAACCCCUGAUGAAAUAAAAAAUAGCACAAGUUCUUUCCAGUGCAGGUUAAAAGACUGUAUAGCCAGUUCAGCCAUAAUGACCAGCCCAUUUUUGGAUAAGUCACUUACAAUAAGUCAACUCAGUUCUAUAGAACAGUCGUUACGUAAGGUCAACAAGAUUUCAAACGUCACAAAAGAAGGUGGAAAAACAAAUACAAUGCUUCAGUUCUCAAAACGCGAAGAAGUUGAAGCAGUGAUGAAAGCAAUACAAUCUAUUACACUGAAUAACAAGAACUACACAUUAUCGAAAGGAUACAUUACUUCUGAUUGGACGGUUUCCGGAAGUGUUGCCCUAAAAGACAGGGUACUAGUUACGGGUGUGGAGAAAGAUACAACAGAAGAACAAGUGAAAAAUAGGAUAGCCCAGACCUACCAGGAGAAAGUUGGAGAGGUUCUGCUAGAGAAUGUAGCUGGUCUUGCCAUCGUCUUUAUUACUGACCCUGAUGUUAUAAAUGACCUCAUAUCAGACGCAGAAAAGACAAAUACAAGCAGUAGUCUGAAAGUCAACAAGGCCUAUCUUGCCUGGAAUAUGGAGCAUGAGGAGUCUAAACCUGGUGAUGAUUUUGCACCAAAUAGAUUUGAAGAUAAUGAGGAAUUGCGAUACUCGCUCCGUUCAUUGGAGAAACACGCACCCUGGAUACGCCGUGUGUAUGUUGUCACCAACGGACAGAUACCAUCGUGGUUGAACCUGGACAAUCCGAGGUUGAUUCUUGUUUCUCAUGAUGAGAUAUUCGUUAACAAGUCCCACUUACCAACCUUCAGCUCUCCCGCCAUUGAAUCCCAUCUGCAUCGAAUACCAGGACUCUCCAAGAAAUUCAUUUACCUCAAUGACGACACGAUGUUUGGAAAGGAUAUCUGGCCGGAUGAUUUCUACACCCAUGCUUCGGGGCAGAAGGUGUAUUUGACUUGGCCUGUUCCAAAUUGUGCUGAGGGGUGUCCAUCAUCAUGGAUCAAGGAUAAUUACUGUGACAAAGCUUGCAAUAAUUCAGAAUGUGAAUGGGAUGGAGGCGACUGCAAAGGUGUAUCGGCCCAGGGUCCUGCUAUCGGAGGUGGUAUGGGAGGCGGUACCAACAUGGAACAAAUGUACUGUAACACUGGUUGUGCAAAUGGAUGGAUAGCUGACAAAUAUUGUGAUCAGGCGUGUAAUGUACCCCAGUGUGGUUUUGAUGCUGGUGAUUGUGGUAAGACCAACCUUCAUUCCAUCUACUCCGUACUCAUCACAGGAUCUGGAAUGCAAAUCACUCUCCCAAGAGGCCUCUUGGUAGUGUAUUUCAAUGCGACCCCAAUUUUUGGUGAAGGAUCAACGAUCACUGAGGGGAAAUACGACAAUCAUGAUAUCGUCCGGACUGCUACCAUCGCUCAGAAGUUCAAAACAAUUCACCUUCUUCUCUACAAGAACAUGUCAGAAAGUGUCUUGACCUUUCACCUUUCCGGCAAGACUAAAGAUGACAGCCCACUCAAUGUAACAUUCAAUGUGACUGUGAACACCAAAGAGAAUAAGAACCUGGAUCAAGAGCUGCUCGCGUUGAAGCAACCGGAGGGAGCAAAAGAAGAUGGCAAGACAGAUGAGGAGGAGAAGAGGAAGGAGGAGGAAGAACCGGCCUUUGAGUUUGAGGACAUUUCUGAAGGAAGGAGAGGUCCAAAGCUACCUUUAGCCAGAGAGAAAGACAUCUCUAUAUCUUUUGAGCCAAAGGAAGAAGAGCUCACUGAUGAUAUCGCAAAUCAGCUGAAAGAAUUAUCCAAGCAGCUGGAGGACGGUGAUAUCACCAAGAGGGGGCAUGACCGCAUCAGAUCCCAGAUACUUGCCCAGUACUUGCUUUCACAAGAGUACACCAAGCGCAGGAGAGAAGUGGCCCAAGGACUUCACAAAGCAGGUGGCAGACAACCCAUCAUUGAUACCGAUACCGGAUUGGGAAGGGUCCCUGACAUUGUUCAACAACCUGGACAAGGAUUAGGUCUAGGUGGAGGUCAAGGACAAGGGCAGGUUCAGGUGCAAGGACAAGUAAUUGGGGGAGAACGUGCUCAGGGAGCAUUUGGUGGACAACCUGGACAGCAUGGUCAAGGAGUGUUCAAUCAGCAGGUUAUUCCACAGCUUGGGCAGGGUGGGCAAGCUGGACAAGGUUUCAGGGAUCAGGUUGGGAAUGGACUUGCAGGAAAGCAGUUGGGACAAGGUCAAGUCUUCAAAGACACAGAUGUUGGCCAAAUACCAAGGCAACGAGACCUUGGACAGGGUCAACAGAUUCAACAACAAGGAGCUGUAGGACAAGGCUUUGGACAAGUACAAGGACAAUUUAUCGAUCAGCAGAUGGGUCAGGGAUUGCAAGCAGGAAAUGGCCCGGUACCAGUUGGACAGCUAGGAGAAGCACAAAAUGGAGGGUUAGGAUUGGGGCAGCUGCCUCUUGGACAAGCUCCAGUGAAUCAAAAUGAUGGAGUCCUUGGACAGCUGCCAGGACAAAUGCCAGGACAGCCACAAGACAAUCAGGUUUUCAGGAACCAACCUCAUCAAGGGAUAUUUCAAGAUAAAUUUCCCAGAGAACAGAACCUUGUUCUUAAUAAUGCUCAGCAGCAGAUGCUGGGAAAAGCUGCUGGACAAGUUCCUCAAGGUAACACCUUUGCAGGUAUUCAACAAGGAUUCAACCAUAAUGGACAGCCUGGUUUGCAGAAUGUACAUCAUCCGGCAGGUGGUCAGAACUUUGGAGAUAUUGCUAAGGCCGUUGGUAAUGAUGGAGCCUUGAGAAAGGAAGCUGAUGCUUUUGAUAAUGAUUUAUUUGGAGCCAACAUAUAUAAAUCAGGGAAAACUGUAAAUCAGGGACAGGUUGUUCAACCUGGAGACAAAGCUCAUGGAGGUUUUGGACAGGGUAUUCAACCUGGACAACAAAGGCAACAAGAACCUGGCAAUCCUCUGCAAGGAUUACAGGCUCCUGUAGGGAAUGGUCUAGGACAGGGUCCAGCUGUUGGAGGUCCAGAUCUUGGUCAAGGGCAUGAACAAAGAAGAGCUGAUGCAAAUGCUGGUGAAAAUGUGGGGCAAGGACUUCAUCAAGGUGAAAGGCUUGAUAACCAGUUAGGACAGGAACUUAAUCUUGGGCAACCAGUAGUGCCCUUUGAGCAGAAUCAGGGUGGUCAAGGUCACCAACCUGGAAGGCCACUGGAGGAGCAAGGUGUUGGAAAGGUGGGCAGGAUCAAUGGUGGUCUUAAGAACCUUGGUGAUGAUAAUCCGCUUGGUCUUCAACAGGGUAUUGGUAUGAAAAAGCAAGACCCCAAACUGGAGGAGACAAGAGAAAAGUACAAACAUUUUGCAGACAAGUUUGAGGAACACAAAGGAAACCAGAUUAACCAGGGUAUACCUGAUGUGAUAGCAGGGCAAGGAAAUCUGAAUCAACCAAUGGGUAAAGAAAAUUAUGUAAAGCAACCAAUUGGAGGGCAGAAACAGCAGGUAGUGUUUGAUGCUAAACCGCUGGCAGGUGUCGGUCAAGAUCUUGAACCGAUGGAUGACUUAGAUAAUCCACUAGGUAAGCCAGCUGACUUGGAUCAACCUGUCAUAGACCAGAAUGACAUGAACAGAGGACUUAGAAGAGGUAUCGAUUCUAACCAGCAGGUCAGAAAAGUGGACGAUUUGGAACCACCUGUCAACUUGCAUCGUGACAAUGAUGCACAACCGAUAAUCGAAAUCAAGAAUGACCUGAUCCAGAAUGGCAUCAAUGGGGAGGAAACCAAGAACAGGCAACUGCACGAACCAGAUCAGUUGCAGGACAAGGAUGGUCUAGCCUUGAAGCAAGGGAAUGAGAAUGACUUCAUGGACAACAACGACAACGUUGGGAAUCUGUUGAAGGAACAGAACAACCUUCCAUUCCAGAUUCCAGAUGCUGCAGAAGUUGACUUCGAGGAUGAUCGGAACCCUCCAGACGAUGCAGGCGAUGUCAGAAGGAAUGACAGAGGCUUCAGGAAACUCCUAUCACUCACAGACAAAGAGAAGGUGUCUCUAGACAGUGCUGCUGACCCAAGUUUCCUCCACUUUAGAGAUCCUAGGGAUGUCCUCAAGAUCAAAUCUUCCUGGGUCACGAAGGCCAAGCAUGUUGUGAUGAGAAUCACAAGUGGUUUCCUGGAUCAUGAGAUACAGAAGAAAGUAGUCCCUGCAGAUAUCAGCAAGAAGCAGGAUGUCACUGCCUAUCAUGAGCUACAGAAGUGGAGUGGCGGUAUGCCAGAACAUCCUGUGUUUCCCCAAGAGGGGAAUGAACUUGCUGAGGAGGCUGCCUUGAGGCAGAAGAAAGAUCAGGAUCGGAAGAGCAGUUUCUUGCCUUGGGAACGGACUGACAGCUUCAAUAAUCUCACCAAGCUUCUUGAGCAGCAGGACAGGAUGGAGCAGUAUUCGGCGCAGAGUGGUACCCAACGCCGUCUUCUGGACACCUUUGGGGAUUCUCUGAGGCAUGUCAACAAGCUCUUCAACAAGAAGUUUGGUUACCAGGCCAGGAAGGUGCCCGCCCACAUGCCCCACAUGGUGGACGUCGGCAUCAUGAAUGAUCUCCAGGCUGAGUUUGAAGAAGAAUAUGACAUCACAUCGUCCCAUCGUCUGCGUCACUCCCGGGACAUGCAGCAUGCCUUCUCCUACUUCUACUACCUCAUGGGCACGCCCAAGAUCGUCAACGUCACUGAGGUUUUCGAUGAAUUUGAUACGGAUGGAUCGGGUGUGCUUUCUGAUCGAGAGAUCCGCACCUUGGCAACACGGCUCUAUGAGCUUCCCCUUGACCUGAAGACAUUGACUUCCCUGGAGGGAAUGAUUAUCCAUUGCGCAGUCAAUGUGUCGACUAAACUCAUCGCACCAGCAGAGGGGGCUAUUGAAAAGUACUAUGAAGAAAAAAUGCCUCAGGUAACUAAGGAUUUAUUGAUGCACUGCCCUCCUUUGAUAGAAAAGAUGCAAGGAAGUGUCAAAGGUCAAACUAUGUACAAGUACGAGAUCAUGGGAGAGGAGGAGAUAGCCUUCAAGAUGAUCCAAACAAACGUCUCGCAGGUCAUAGGUCAACUUGACGAUAUUCGCAAACAUCCCAAGAAAUUUGUCUGUCUUAACGACAACAUCGACCACAAGAGUUCCGAUGCGUACAUGGUGAAAGCAGUACUCCAGGAUUUCUACGAGUCUUUGUUCCCAGUCGUGUCUCAGUUUGAACUACCACGAGAUUAUAGGAAUAGGUUUCUUCAUAUAGACGAGCUCAGAGAUUGGAGGAGAUAUAGAGACUGGUUACGAUUCUGGACUCAUCUAUCCUUAGCAGCUCUUAUCACAUUUAGUGCCGUGUCUUUUUGUUCAAGUCAUCUUUUAGCGCUGAAGAGGCGGUGUUUCGGGAGGCGUCGUUGGCGAGGGAGCGGUGUCGCUGAAACGGUACAGCAUGUCUAAGAACAUUCCUUCUGUAGUCCCUCCUUACACCUAACACCAUUUUGUGCUUGUGGCUAAUUACUCGUCACCGUCGGGAGCAGCACCCAUUCUUUGUCAAUGUUUCAAAGUGUAGUCCCAUGUGUAUGUAUUCCUGUCAUGUUGUCAUCAAUCGGGUAGAUGGUUAAUGUUGCCAGCUAAUCAUUCUCACAUCUGAUAUUGCGUACUCAAAUAUGUUGUGAUAAUAAA